GUCAGCAGCCAAAUGGCAACAUUGUGGCGAUUCUGAAGCUUAGGGUUUAGGAGACGCGUCUCUCCGCCAGGCCGUCUCCGGGCUGUCGGGAAGAGGAGGAGAAGGAGGAGCAGCGGGGAGACCGGCCUGGGAGAGCGGCGGAGACUCCCACGUCGCCGGCCGUGACCGCCUGCCGGCCUGCCUGGCCCCGCGGGACCUGCGCCUCACCUUCAGAGAGCCGAAGACGCAGCACCGCGGCCUCGCGCUGGGGGCGGCCGGGUCGGACGCGAGGCGCUGCCGCAGCGCUGGGCUUGUAAACAGAUCCAGCCGCACGUGACCAUGUGAACUACCUGCUCCAGGGACGCGUAUUGUCUUUCCCGCGAGCCCCGCCACAAAGGAGCGCGGCGGGUUCGAGUGCUGGGGGCCGGGCGAGCGAGCGGGGAGAGCCGGCUGGCGCGCUAAGAUGGCCGAAGGCGCCCAGCGAGGGUGAGCAGGGGGCGCGGUGCAGCCAGCCGGUGAGUCUUCGGGCGGGCAGGGCCAUCGGCGCCUCCCCCGCGGCCUGGCCUGGCACCGGAGCCACCAUGUCUUUCGCGCUGGAGGAGACGCUCGAGUCGGACUGGGUGGCCGUGCGGCCCCAUGUGUUCGACGAGCGCGAGAAGCAUAAGUUCGUCUUUAUAGUGGCCUGGAACGAGAUUGAGGGCAAGUUUGCCAUAACCUGUCACAACCGGACGGCCCAGAGGCAGAGGAGCGGCUCCCGAGAGCAGGCGGGGGCGCGAGGGGGCGCGGAGCCCGGAGCAUCCGCGUCGGACGGGACCCGCGGGCCGGGCAGCCCAGCUGGCAAGGGCCGGUCCGAGGCCACUGCCUCUGCCUCUGCGAUUCUGGGCAGGAGCCCGGGACCCCGGAGGAGCCCGGCCUGGGCGGAAGGCGGCUCUCCGCCGAGCGCGCGCAGCCUUCGGGGAGACUCGCUGCUGCGGAGUCCGGCCGGCAAAGCGGUGGAGAGCCCUCUCAGGAGCCCAGUGCGGGCCAAGACCAGCCCGGUUCGAAAGGGAUCUGAAGGCAGAGAUGUGGCGGGGGCCGCCCCUUCGGCGCCCCGGGAGGCCCCGGUGUCCUCGGUGCGUGUCGUGAGCGCCUGCGGGGCGGUCUCCGAGGAGAUCGAGGUUCUGGAAAUGGUGAGGGAGGACGAGGUGGCCUCGGGGGCCCUGGCUCUCUCGGACUCAGAGCAGCCGCCGCCCACCGCCGAGCUGGAGUCCCAGGCGGAGGAGUGUAGCUGGGCCGGGCUCUUUUCCUUCCAGGAUCUGCGUGCUGUGCACCAGCAGCUGUGUUCUGUGAACUCGCAGCUGGAGCAGUGCCUGCCCGUAUUCCCCGAGGAGCCCUCUGGCAUGUGGACCGUGCUGUUCGGGGGUGCCCCAGAGAUGACCGAGCAGGAGAUCGACACUCUGUGUUACCAGCUCCAGGUCUACCUGGGCCAUGGCCUGGACACCUGCGGCUGGAAGAUCCUCUCCCAGGUACUUUUUACUGAGACCGACGACCCUGAGGAGUAUUACGAAAGCCUUAGCGAGCUGCGGCAGAAGGGCUACGAAGAAGUGCUUCAGCGGGCCAGGAAGCGCAUCCAGGAGCUGUUGGACAAGCACAAGAAUACAGAAAGCAUGGUUGAGCUUCUGGACUUGUAUCAAAUGGAGGAUGAAGCGUAUAGCAGCCUUGCGGAAGCCACAACUGAACUGUAUCAGUAUUUACUACAGCCAUUCCGAGACAUGAGAGAACUGGCCAUGCUACGGAGACAGCAGAUCAAGAUUUCCAUGGAGAAUGACUAUCUGGGUCCUCGAAGAAUUGAAAGUCUACAAAAAGAAGAUGCUGAUUGGCAGCGAAAAGCUCACAUGGCUGUGCUGUCUAUUCAGGAUCUUACUGUCAAAUAUUUUGAAAUAACAGCUAAAGCACAAAAAGCUGUGUACGAUCGAAUGCGAGCAGAUCAGAAGAAAUUUGGUAAAGCGUCGUGGGCAGCAGCUGCAGAAAGAAUGGAAAAACUUCAGUAUGCAGUUUCUAAGGAGACUUUGCAGAUGAUGAGAGCAAAAGAGAUCUGUUUGGAACAAAGAAAACAUGCGCUAAAAGAAGAGAUGCAGAGUUUGCAGGGUGGUACAGAAGCUAUAGCCCGAUUGGAUCAGUUAGAAGCUGAUUAUUAUGACCUGCAACUCCAGCUGUAUGAAGUACAGUUUGAAAUCUUGAAGUGUGAAGAGUUACUCUUGACAGCACAACUGGAAAGCAUCAAAAGACUCAUAUCGGAAAAGAGAGAUGAGGUGGUAUAUUACGACACUUAUGAAAGCAUGGAGGCCAUGCUGGAAAAGGAGGAGCUGGCGGCAUCUGUGCACUUACAGAGAGAAGAGCUACAGAAACUUCAGCAGAAAGCACGCCAGCUGGAAGCAAGACGAGGACGGGUUUCAGCCAAGAAAGCCUACCUCAGAAAUAAAAAGGAAAUUUGUAUUGCAAAACACAAUGAAAAGUUCCAACAACGCCUUCGGAGUGAAGAUGAAUACAGAACUCAUCACACAGUACAACUAAAGAGAGAAAAAUUACAUGAUGAAGAAGAAAAAAAAAGUGCCUGGGUCAGCCAAGAGAGACAAAGAACAUUGGAUAGACUUCGAACUUUUAAACAGAGGUACCCUGGCCAAGUCAUACUUAAAUCAACAAGAUUGCGACUGGCUCAUGCAAGAAGAAGAAGCACUGCCAGUCCUGUGCCCUGUGAGGACCAGUGUGACUCUCCGCCAGGACCACUACAGGUAGAAGAGAAAAGUGGAAAAGUAGAGGAAGGAAUAGGCAAGCUUGGGUCAUCACAGAAAACAGAAGCCCAAAGCCUCACACAACUUGAAGAUACUUCAUUAGCACAACUUGAAGCCACUUCAUUACCUCUCAGUGGUGUUACCUCUGAACUGCCUCCCACUGUUUCUCUUCCACUUUUGAAUAACAUUGACCUUGAACCAGGUUCUGUUACCAUAGAUCCAAUCCCCCCACCUCUUCCUCCAACACCUCCUCCCCCACCACCACCUCCUCCCCCUCCCCCACCACCACCACCUCUGCCUGUUGCUAAAGACAGCUCCCCAGAGACACUGGAGAAAGGUCUGCCUAGAACAGAGGCGAAUGAAAAGAGGAUCCCCAAGUCUGCGAGUGCCCCCUCAGCACAUCUCUUUGACAGCAGUCAGCUGGUCAGUGCCAGGAAGAAGCUCAAAAAGACUGCCGAAGGUUUGCAGAGGAGGAGAGUGAGCUCACCCAUGGAUGAGGUGCUAGCUUCCUUGAAGCGUGGUAGUUUUCAUCUGAAAAAGGUUGAACAGCGAACUCUCCCUCCUUUUCCUGAUGAAGAUGAUAGUAAUAAUAUCUUGGCACAAAUAAGGAAAGGGGUGAAAUUGAAGAAGGUACAGAAGGAAGUUUUGAGAGAAUCCUUCACACUUCUGCCUGAUACAGACCCUCUAACACGGAGCAUCCAUGAAGCUCUUAGAAGAAUCAAAGAAGCAUCUCCUGAGUCAGAGGAUGAAGAGGAGGCUUUACCCUGCACAGAAUGGGAAAACUAACAAGUGACUCAGCAGAAAGAAAAGAUACAGUUGAAGAUUGGUUCUUCUUGUUUUGGAAAACAAAAUUUUAAACACGCGAUUUCCCAAUUGGAUUUCAUUAGACACAAAGUGGAUUGGCUCAGUGGUGUGAAAGAAUGGAGGCACAGCUGGCAAGUUAUCGCUUUUCCAGUCAUUCCAGUAGUUGGUGGCUAAGAUGAAUUGUAGAUGUGCAAUGCUCCUGAUGCAGUGAAGAAAAGGCCUUGUGGAGAUGCCUGGGUUUUUUAAAGCACCUUUCCCUCUUGUCCACCCAUUUACACCCUUGUAGUGGCCAGUAAACCUGGGGGCACUCUGAGUCGGAAGAACACUGGGUUGACAGAGAUCUACUGUGAGCUGUAUUGAAUCUGCUUUGAAAUCCUUUAAGUUCACUGAAUAGUCCUCUGCUUGAAAAGACAGAGCUUCUUCCAUAUCAGCUUGUAUAAAUAGUGCAACACUCUACAAAAGUUUAUCAUGAUAGCUGUAGGACAGGAAUUGGAAAGAAUCCGAUGGAAAUGCACUGAAAAUUUUCACAUUUUAAAGAUGUUCAACAUCUGAAAAGAUAACCACGGAGAUACAUUUAAUGUGUUUACCACAGUGUGAUACAUUUACCAUGGCAUAUUUUUAAAAGACCACACACUCUUACACUUUGUAAGGUUUUGAAGUAAAAAUUUCCAUGCUUUUAAAUAGCUCUUCAUAAUGGUGAAUUUAUAAUAGUUUGAAUUUCAUGUGCAGCUUUGUUUAUGAAAAGCAAUACUUUGUAACUUGAUAAUAUUUCAGAUUAUUUUUAGUCUUUUUGUUUGAAUGAUUGCUUGAUUAGGGUAACUCAACACAACUUUCCUAUUGAGAAUCAAAAACUGAGGAUUCAGUAAUAGGGAUGCUGAUCUUAAAUCUUUGUAAUGGGCACCAUUUAAGUUUCUCUUUUUAUGCUUCGCAGUGAAAUGUGCUCUACAAAUGCACAAAGUCGACAGGCAGAAAAGCCUUCCGGGCUGACAUUUCACUGACUUCACAUGUUUUGAGUGGGAUUUCGGGAGAGAGCCUUUGUUAAAUGUCAGACUUUUAAAAACAUGUAUGUAGUUCUAGGUGAUUUUGCUGUAUUGGAGUCCUGAAGGAUGCAUUUAUAUGAAAGGAGCCAUUGUGAAUUCUCCACAGGACCAUUGCAGGCUUGACUGAAGGUGGAUAUGUUGGACCCAGUUUACAGUAUUCUGUAGAGUGUAUUUCUGUAUAAGACGCAUGUUGGCCUUUAUAUAAAGGGAGUUAAGGACUGAGGAACCAAAAAGAACUUUUGUUUCUUCUGAGGCAUUUCUCUGGUCUAGACCCAGGAAGCAAUCCUAGAGUAAAAAUCCUCAAAUGUGUAUAAAGUGGUUUUCAUGGAGAGGGGAAAAAAAUGCUCACAGCUUUGUCCCUUUAAGAUGCUAUUUCCUUUCAAAUAAUUAUGGAGAAAACUUCCUACUUACUGAUGAUAGUAGGAGCUUUUUGCACAGCAUUUUCACAAUGCAUUGACUUUAUUCACGUUUUAUUCCCACCUUGGAAUAUUAAAAUACAGAUCUCGUGUAGAGAUGUACUGUUCGUCUCACUGUGGCGAGGUAUGUGUGGGGACCCCCCCCCCAUUUCCUUCAGUAAAGCAUUGAAGCAUUCUUUUCAACCAAAGAAUGAUUGGUUUCGUUUCUUUAAACCAGAUUUGCAAGCCUUUAAAAAAGAACUAUCCAUUUCAAGCCUUUGGAUGCUUAUGAAUCUGUUUUUUCAUCCAUUGAAAUUGAGAAAAAUACAGGAGAACCUAACAUUAAACUUAGAGCAAAAACACUGGGAUAUUUAUGUGACGGGAAUGCUCAUCAUUUAGUGUUAGAGCUGGGAUUCCAUCAUAAGACAGGCUCACUUAGAAAUAGGUCCUGUGACUUGUCUCCCAGAACCAUGUUCUAGUAAGUGUCCGGCAAAUAUUGGAGGGGUACAGACCCCUGUGAAUCCUUUUGGAUUUCAUCCACAGGUCUGAGCACAUCCCACUGCACUCCAUGAAGGGUGUCUCAUUUGAUGAUGAGCAUGCUGAAGCAGAGUCUCCUUAGCAACCAGCCAAGCUACUCUCUAUUGAGUAACUUUUCCAGUAAAUGUACCUUCUGUCCUUAAGAAUCAUAUUCCUCUUUCUACAGAAGUACAACUUAACUGCAGAUUGUUAUCCUUUGGAGUUCUCCUAAAUGUUAAAAUUUCAAAUAACUCCAGUCCACUUGUCCAAGGUGAGAUUAUCAGUUGAUUCCUUAUGGUCGUUUUAAAGAAGUUUCGGAACCAGUCAACAAUUAUGUGAGCAUGGUUAAAUUCUCCUUUUCUCCACCUGCCCUCAAAAAAACGAGCAUUUUAGCUCUUUAAAGUCUUAUGUAUUAUUUAUAGGUUUAAAAAAUUGGAUAGUUAUAUCUCGGUGUACCAAUUUCUUGUAAGAAUUCACAAACAGCUGCUUGCUUAUACCGAAUCAGUGUAGAAGUUGACGUAUCAAUCUAGUCUCGACUACAAUAUAUUUUGAAUAGGGAAACAGAUAACUUGGGAAUAUUUUAAGGUUAGUAUUACUGCUCCCUUGAGUGCCAGUUUUAAGUAGUUCUCCCACUUAAUACUCAAACUGUUGUAUAUAUAACCAGUGUGGCACACAGAGAAAACAUAUUCCUAACCAUCUCCAGUCUGAGUGGUGCUGUGGGUAGCAGUAUGACAAAAUGCCUAGCUAAAGAGGAUUUUAAAAAGAUGAGCAGCUUGCUCUGGUCUUGCUUGCUCUAUGUUUUAUAGGUUUUGAGUUUGUGAGCAGCAUUGAAACAAUCAUUCCCUAGUUCUUCAUUGUGGAGCUAAAAGAUUUUUUAAUGUGUAUUUUUAAAACAAGGGGCACGGCUGUAAGAGUUGAUCAGGUGUAGUAUUUCCAUAGCAGGAAGGUGGAGUUUUUCUCAUUAUGUAAAAAUUUUCAGUACUUUCAUUUAUUUUGUAUAAUGAGGGGGGAAAAUCCUUAUUUCUACGAAGCUGAACUGUGUAGCAAUCUUAGGUAACAUGGCAUGACCACUUUGCGAUAAAAACGUGUUAAGUUGUAAAGCACACUUAGGUCGGAGCAGGCACUAAGAAUUAAAACACAGUGGACAAGAAUGGGCAGCAUCCUCUGUUUGGAAUGGGACCAGUAUACACUUAACAUAGUUUAAUUUUAUACAUUCCCUAAGAUGUCAUUUUAUAAGUGCAUUCACUGAGUUUGUGUAUAAAUGUAAGUCCGUGCUUUUAGCCUAAGGAAAGUUAUUUCUUUCACUAAGAACAAGUUUUUUUUUUUUUUUUUUUUUUAAAAAAAAAAACAAAAACCUUUGUAAUUAAUAUGCACAUAUCAGGAGAUACCAAUCUGUAAAGUACUAAGUAGGUCCAUGAAGGCCUUAUCAGGGAGUUGAAAUUGCAUAUGCUUUACCAGGCUUAUUUGUAAGAGAUAUUAUUGAACAGCUGUAAAACGUUUAAAAAUUGUGGCAGAUCCAUUGUUAACAUGCAACCAUUUGAUAAGAAAGAACAGACACCUUAAGUUUUACCCGACUCUUGCACUGAAUUUAAGUGAUAAUAUAAAGUUAAAUGUGCAUUAUAAACAGAUUUUAUUUCACCUUUAUUGCUUAGAAGAGCUAUGCCUAGUUCUAGAGGACUGACCAGCAAGAUUGAUUUCUGAUGGAAGAGGUAAAGUAAAAGCACCUUACUGUUGAAGCCUGUUGCAUUGAUUUAGUGCUGCUGAGCAAUCAGUGGUUACUUGUGAACUUUGCUACAAAGUGCUCUUUAGUUAAAGCACAUGAAGAGGAAUCUCUGCUUAAACUGCUUUGUAAAAUCAAGCAGUGGUAUUUUUUAUCCUAUAAAUAGUCUAAUUUAAAGUUUUUCUUACAAAAUGAGUUUAUAUUGCUGCCUAAACUAUCAUGUAUGUAAACAGAGGUUUUUUAAAGGUGAGAGGUAAUCUGGAAUGAGUGAGUGUGUGUGUGUGUGUGUGUGUGUUAAAUGUUUGCCCAUUGGGUUAUUUUGAAGAUGUGUUCAUUCUAAAAUGUUCUGUUUUGCCCACAGUAAAUAUACAGCUUGGUAUUUGAGGAAUUUAAUUUAGAAUUCAAAUUUAUAAAUGUUUCUUCCCUUCCCUACUUUUAUUAUGCCACUAAGGUGCAUGUACAGAAAAUACCUCUGAGGUUGACAUGUUAAAUAUUUUAUCAACGCUCUUUCACACUCAAUCUCAAAGCAGUCAUUUGUUUUGAGAGGUAAGGGAAAGUUUUUUUGUUGGUUUUUUUAAAAGUCAGUUAUAACUAAGUGGCUCAAUUUGGGGGAAUUAAGAGUGGAUAGAAAGGCCAUGCAAAGUGAUUUUUAGAUGUAUACAAAAAGGUAAUAGGUGCUGGUUGUAGAGCUGAAUUUUAACAAGGGAAGUUUUGGGUGUUUUUUUUCCUUGCAUGUUCUAUGGUUAACUAUCAAAGAGUGUAACAAGUUAUUCUAGCUUUUCCCAAUACUAAUUGCAUUGGUUUUAACAAGUAGUCAUGAUCACAAGAUGGCAUUUUCCCUUCGAUUGUAACCCAAGAGGGGUAGACGAUGCAACCCAGACAGUGACUUCUGACUUCUUUUGACUCAGACAGAAUCCUCACUGUCUCACUGAGUCUCUUACUGUACUGUGUGUCUUGCCAAGUGUGAAAUCAUAAUAUAUAUAUUGUUUGUGAAACAUUGAAGGCUACAGAUCAUUUUGCAUGAUUAAAGCCCAUGAGGGCUGAUGAAACUGACAUGUUUUUUAGCCUUUCUGGUUAAGUGAAAAUUACAGUGGCAGACCAAUUCACUAUUUACUAGCUUUGUGCAAUAUUAUAAUGGUAGAAGCAAAACACUAGCACAUUGUGCCUGGCUUUUAAAGAUGGCUUUAACACCGUACAUUAAACGGAAGUGUGCACAGUGUAUUGUAAAUGCCAACUCUUGCAAAUUUACAGUACUUAAAUAUGCUCCAUUAAUAUUUUAAAGUAUUAAAAGUACAAAGAAAAAACUAAGCAGGCAGUUAUAGCAAUACUCUGAAAUCUCCAAUAAUUGUUUUGACCGUUGCCUUUUGCUCUUUAGUGCAACUUUUCUGCAUUGUAAUUAUUGCUUUGUAUUUCAUUUUUUACACUCAUGACUUCAGAGUUAAGUACUUGUACAGCAGGUAUUGCAGUCACCUUCUCAUGUACAUGCAAUGUAACAACAUACGGUUUUGGUGCUUAACAAUAUUCUUUUUUUCUUUAAUAAAAGAUAUUUAUUGAGUUAA